CUAAGGAUGUGUGUAUAUUAGAUUAUAGAGGGUCGCCUAGAUAACCAAUUGUGGCGAGCACGAACGCGGCUCCAGAGAGGAGCGACGAGUACGAGUAGCCAAGCUUGAGCGACUGCAGUUUCGAGAUCGUUUCUGUCUUGAGCUCGAGCUCCUGGAACUGCUCGUCCUCAGCCGGUUCCUCCCGCACGGUGUCGGACUCUGUUCCUAGGUCGUUGUAGACGCUGUUGUCGAGCAGCGACGUCAAAUCGUCUGUCUUGCUGGACUUGGCCGGCAGGGCGCCCGAGUCGCGUUUCUGCGGGGAUUGGAAAAUUUGGAGUUCCAGUGGCAAAACGCCGUAACAGUAGUACGCUGCGCACAGCGGUGCUCCCAGCGCGGCGUAGAUCAGGUAUGGGUGUUUGCCUGCGACGGGAGACCGUGUGUAUGCCAUCAUGAAGAGCGUCGUCGCCGCGGUGCCACAGACAGCGAGGAUCGAGCGCACUUGCACGAGCAAGCAACGGAACCUCUGGCGCAACUCGUGCGAGUCGAGGAUGCUCAGCUUGGUGGAGCUAAUCAGAUCAGGCACCGUGUUAUACGCGGCAAGGCCGAAGCUGGAUGUGGCCAGGCCCAGCGAGCCAAUGCCCACGAGUUUGACGAUCUUGAGACAACUAACCAUUUGUAAUAAAUAAACAAGAAACCCGUGCACGGAGCUAAUCCAGUUAUUUUUCUCUUGUGGCGCAUCGACUUGCACCGCAAGGGCUGCUUAUCAACACGUAAAAAAUCUUAUCCCUGUAAUCUUAUGUCCACACCUUCGUUUACUCUCGCGCGGACCGGCGACAAGAUCCCUGCCAUUGCGUUUGGCAGCGGCACCAAGCACCAGAAAAAGAAGAAGGGCGACCCUGUCCUCAAGGACUCCGUGGAUGAGUCGCUCGUCGACAUCAUCAAGUUUGCGCUCACGGAGGGCAAAUUCACCCACCUGGACACGGCAGAGGUGUACACGACCCGCAUAGAGGUCGGCAAGGCAAUUGCCGAGUCCGGAGUCCCCCGCAGCAAGCUCUGGAUCACCGACAAGUGGAACCAGGGCUGGGGAGGUAAGUACCGGUCGACGACUCCUUCGGGGCCGUACGAGUCAUUGGUCAAGGGCCUGGAGCUCAUGAAGAUCGAGUACGUGGACCUGUUUUUGAUCCAUGCGCCAUUUUUCGGCAAAGACACCACCGACGUCACUGUCGAGGAGGCCUGGAGGCAGAUGGAACGGCUGGUCGAUGAGGGCAAGGCUAGGAACAUCGGAGUGUCCAACUUCGAUGUGCCGGUGCUGGAAAAAAUCUUCGCUGUUUGCAAAUACAAGCCGCAGGUCAACCAGAUAGAGUACAAUCCUUAUCUACAGGAGCAGUCGCCAGGAAUUGUUGACUUUUGCAAGCGCAACGAGAUCUUGGUAGAGGCCUUUUCUCCGCUGACGCCGAUCGUCCCCACAAAGGUCACGGAGGGACCUUUGGAUCCGGUUUUGAAAGAGCUGGAGACGAAGUACGGCGUCAGCAACACGCUGUUGCUGCUGAGAUGGGUGUACCAGACAGGCGUUCUGCCGAUCACCACGUCGACUAACAAGGAGCGCCUCAAGGACAUUAUGAAGGUGUGGGAGUUUGAGCUGGAGCCCAGCGAUGUGGAGAGGAUCUCUGCCGCGGGAAAAAAAUUCCACUAUAGAGGCUUUUUCGAAGACUACUUUGACAAGUACGACAAGGUCAAAUAAACACGGGGUGAAACCCCGCGGUUUCCGGGGAUGCAGGUGCAGGCCGGAGUAACCAAACCGACAUUACGUAAGCAUCCUAAGUUUCCGACUCGGAAUAGGUGGACAAUAGUAGCUGGAUUUUUCGUUACGCCGAAAAAUAGCGGCCGUCUUAUUGGCCCAAACGCAUUUUCACGCACGCUCUCGCACCCCCAUUAAUCAUUCGGCGUACCUCAUACGUGCGAACCGCAUAACAAGAAACGUAACCCC